AUGGGGCACUGUUGCAGCAAAAACGUCACGGUUUCCGUCGACAAGGAGGGCUCCAGCUCCGCCGCCGCCAACCACCGCCGACAGGCCCCCGCAUCGGGAUCGCAGACGCCGUCCGCCGCCGCGAACGGGGCGGCACGAGGCACCCCAGCUCAGUCAUUCACUACGAGUCCAUGGCAGAGUCCCUACCCCGCCGGAAUCGCGCCAUCUCCCUCGCCGGCGAGGACUCCCGGACGCAAGUUCCGGUGGCCUUUGCCACCUCCAUCGCCGGCGAAGCCCAUUAUGUCGGCUUUGUUCAAGCGGCAGCCAGCCACGCAGCCAGCGAGGCCAAUUCCAGAGGAGGCGGCCGGCGACAGUAGCGAGCGGCAGCUUGAUAAGAGCUUUGGGUAUUCAAAAAAUUUCGCGGCCAAGUAUGAGCUGGGCAAAGAGGUGGGGCGGGGGCAUUUUGGGCAUACUUGUUGGGCUAAAGGUAAAAAAGGGGAGCUCAAAAAUCAACAAGUAGCUGUAAAGAUCAUUUCCAAAGCCAAGAUGACGACAGCAAUAGCAAUUGAAGAUGUACGUCGGGAGGUGAAGAUAUUGAAGGCCUUGUCUGGACAUAAAAAUCUGAUCAAGUUUUAUGAUGCAUUUGAAGAUGCCAAUAAUGUCUAUGUGGUUAUGGAAUUGUGUGAAGGAGGUGAGCUGCUUGAUCGUAUUUUAGCACGAGGGGGAAGAUAUACAGAAGAGGAUGCCAAGAAAAUAGUGAUGCAAAUGUUGAGUGUCGUUGCCUUUUGUCAUCUACAAGGUGUUGUACACCGAGAUCUAAAGCCCGAGAAUUUCCUGUUUGCCACAAGAGAUGAAGAUUCUCCUAUGAAGGUCAUAGAUUUUGGUCUAUCUGAUUUUAUCAGGCCAGAUCAACGUUUGAAUGAUAUUGUGGGGAGUGCAUACUAUGUUGCACCUGAAGUGCUCCACAGAUCUUACAGCAAUGAAGCUGAUAUUUGGAGUAUUGGCGUAAUUACGUACAUCUUGUUGUGCGGAAGCCGUCCCUUUUGGGCGCGCACGGAAUCUGGAAUCUUUCGCUCGGUGCUGAGAGCCGAUCCCAACUUCCAUGAUGCCCCAUGGCCAUCCGUGUCGGCCGAGGCCAAAGAUUUUGUGAAGAGGCUUCUGAAUAGGGAUCACAGGAAAAGAAUGAGUGCUGCACACGCACUAGCUCAUCCAUGGUUAAGGAGCCUAAACUGCACUAUACCGUUAGACGUGACAAUCUACAGAUUAAUCAAGUCAUAUAUUCGAGCCACUCCUUUGAAACGUGCUGCCUUAAAAGCAAUCUCAAAAGCACUGACAGAGGAUGAGCUCCACUACCUUAAAGCUCAAUUCCAACUCCUGGAACCGAAAGAUGGUUGUGUUUCCCUUACUAAUUUCAGAAUGGCUCUCAUGGGAAAUGCAACUGAUGCCAUGAAGGAAUCAAGAGUCACUGACAUUUUGAAUAUGAUGGAACCUCUAUCCUAUAAAAAGAUGGAUUUCGAAGAAUUUUGUGCAGCUGCUAUAAGUACUUAUCAGCUUGAGGCUCUUGAGAAAUGGGAGGACAUUGCUGGUGCAGCUUUUCGGUAUUUCGAACAAGAAGGAAAUCGUGUUACCUCUGUCGAGGAAUUGGCACAGGAGUUGAGCUUAGGUCCUACUGCUUACUCUCUGCUCAACGAUUGGAUCAGACCAACUGACCGGAAAUUGAGUUUCCUCGGAUUUACCAAGUUCUUGCAUGGUGUAACAGUUCGAAACUCAACUACGAGACACCGACACUAA